UAUUACGGGUAUGUUUUUAAAAUUCCAGGGUGGAGUGCAGGCUCCUUGUUCAAAUUCAAACUCCUGGUAUGCGUGGCAUUUUCGUUGUUUUCGAGAAAUAGGAGCCCUAUUAGGCAACAUAGACACCACUGACCACCCAAUAGCUUCUCAUCUAAGCGAGUAGGAAAAUAAAUCCCCUCUCUUUCUCCGAAGCCAAACAAGAAAUCCAUCAGACUUUCUCUCCUCCUGUACACUUUCUCUCUCCUAGGGUUAGGUUUGUGACGAUGGGCCAACAGUCUUUGAUCUACAGCUUCGUUGCUCGUGGAACGGUGAUCCUUGCUGAAUUCACGGAGUUCUCCGGUAAUUUCACCAGCAUCGCUGCGCAGUGCCUCCAAAAACUCCCUGCCACCAACAACAAGUUCACCUAUAACUGCGAUGGCCACACCUUCAACUACCUCGUCGAAGAUGGCUAUACUUACUGUGUUGUUGCUGUUGAGGCUGUUGGUAGGCAGAUUCCAAUUGCAUUCCUUGAGCGAGUCAAAGAGGAUUUUACCAAGAGAUAUGGUGGGGGAAAAGCUGCUACUGCCGUUGCUAAUAGCCUGAACAAAGAGUUUGGGCCCAAACUGAAGGAGCAGAUGCAGUAUUGUGUGGAUCAUCCUGAGGAGAUAAGCAAGCUUGCCAAGGUGAAGGCUCAGGUUUCUGAAGUCAAAGGAGUAAUGAUGGAAAAUAUUGAGAAGGUUCUGGAUCGUGGAGAGAAAAUUGAGCUUCUGGUGGAUAAAACAGAGAACCUUCGCUCUCAGGCACAAGAUUUCCGGCAACAGGGAACCAAGAUGAGGAGAAAGAUGUGGUUGCAGAACAUGAAGAUAAAGCUGAUAGUUUUGGGCAUCCUGAUUGCCUUAAUUCUCAUCAUAGUGUUAUCCAUUUGUGGUGGCUUCAACUGUUGAUGUGAACUUGUGUUUGGUUAGAGUUGAUGAUUAAAAUGAAUUGGUGCUGCUGUGUUGUUUCCGAACUUCCCCUAAAUGUUUACCUAUAAUUUUGUUUUUGUUACACGUCUUCCAUUUCUGCCCAUAGUCUGUAUUGUAAGAUGGUGCUUGUAUAGUCUGGACUGAUGUGAAUUUUUUUUCCCUAUAUUAGUAAAAGGGUCCCUUGAUGCGUGGAAGUUUGUCA